CACUGAACUAAAUUCCAAGAUUGACUUGUACUGUGGAUCAUAUAAUGGAAAUUGAAAAAAUGAAAUACUUAAUUUUCUCUAGUGAUUUGUUAGUUUUUUGCAUCUGUCUACACUGGAACUGUGUGUGUUUAAUGUCUUGUGUCACAUGUUAUCGAAACUGGCUUUGUAGUUACAACUGAAAAAAAAUGAAAAAAUGUUAAUCAAGUUGAGCUUUGCUAGCUGACAUUUACAUGUACAUGGUGUUUAUUGGAGUGGCUAAGACAUUGAUGAAAUUGUGAUGAAUUGCUUCAGCUGCUUUAAGUUCAACUAUUGCUGUUUAUUAGUUCCAUUCACCAGGGAUAAACGGCCAAAGGUAGAUGUGUCCAGUUAUAUGUUUGAUGGUUUGAAAGGGGAGACAGUAGGCAAACUGCCAGGCUCACUGAAUGGAACUCAGUUCAUCAUUCAGAACUGUGAGAAUUGCAACAUCUACAUAUUUGACCACACCAGCACAGUGACAGUAGAUGACUGUGUCAAUUGCAACAUUUUUAUUGGACCAAUCAAAACCAGUAUAUUCAUCCGUGACUGCACAGGUUGCAAGUUUGUCCUUGCCUGCCAGCAGUUCCGACUGCGGGACUGCCACAAACUGGAUGCCUUCCUGUGUUGCGCAACUCAGCCCAUCAUUGAGUCCUCAUCGGGUGUCAGGCUGGCCUGCUAUAGCUACUACUAUCCAGAAUUAGCUGUUCAGUUCCGGGAAGCAGGCCUAAGUGUGUUCAACAACAACUGGAGCAACAUCCAUGACUUCACCCAGGAUGCCACGGAGACACAUUACACCCUACUCCCUGAGGAUUCCAAGGUUGAAGACUUUGUGCCUCUACCUACUGGAGAGAUGUUUGAACCAAUGCAUAUUGAUCUAAACCUAGACAAAAGUGUUGUGCCACGAUCCAUGGGGAACAGAAGGAAAACAUCCGAUGAGUCAUGUCUAGUUGUGUUUUUCUAUGGCGGAAAUUCUCAAGAAAGAGCCCUGUCUUUCAUAGAUGGCAUGAGGCAAACCCAUCCCGAGUGUGUGCUAGUGCAAACCAAGGAGCUUAAGAUGCAGUCUAACGAUGCACAGCGAGUGUUUGGAACCGAUCUCUAUAAGGAGGCAGUCAGUAGAGGACUGGUGAUAGGUCUUGAGUACAAUGGAGAACAUUCCAUACAGGUGUGUCAGGAGGUUGUCAUGACAACCGCGGCCGGCUCCACAGGCCUUGUCUUUGUGAGCCAAUCACGUGAGUCCGCCCAGCAGCAGAUACACAACUACUACGACUUCGCUGACAUGCAGAUGAGCGUAUGAUUGGCGGAUAUACUGGUGAUCUCUGGGAGGCAACUAGCAGGGUUGUGGUCGAGUGCAAUAUUUGGCCUUUUGACUGGGGCUGAUGAGAAGAUUUUUGCACUAAUCAUAUAAAAGUUAAAAAUAAAAUUUAGAAUACUACAUCUUUAUAAAUUGAGGACAAAAUGAAAAAAUCAGAUAAAUGUUAUACCACGAGGUGUUAAAUAAUAUAUGUUUAUUUGCUCUGCUUGUAAUCCUCAACCACUCUUCCUAACUUGUGGUUUAGAUUUGCAAAGGAUGCUUAACUGACAUCUUAUUUCACUUAUUAUGCCCCCCUUCAAGGAAGAGGGGGUAUAUUGUUUUGCACAUGUCAGUCGGUCAGUCCGUCCACCAAAUGGUCUCCGCAUGAUAACUCAAGAACGCUUAGGCCUAGGAUCAUGAAACUUCGUAGGUACAUUGAUCAUGACUGGCAGAUGUCCCCUAUUGAUUUUCAAGUCACUAGGUCAAAGGUCAUGGUCAAGGCCAUGUUUGGGGGUAGCAUUUGUCUCCAACCGUGCACACUUGUUUAAGUUUAUAAUGGUAUCACUUAACUUUGCCUAUGAUUAUCUGCAUAAGAUCAGGGGUGUGAUUGAGGUGAAGUCCGAGGGGAGGAAAAUUCUGUAUACUGAUUUUGACUACCCGAAUCGCGUGCAUAACGCAAUGACAAACCUUAAAACAGACAUUAAAAUAAACACCAUCUUUAACUUAUCAACACAAUUUUUUAUGAAAAUAUUUUUAAAAUUACGUUAUGCAAAGUUACCAGUUUUAUUAGUGAUCAAAAUCAAUGGGUGUUUCGAUACCUGUGAACGAUGACAGCAAUCUUUCUUUUGAGCUCAAUGCCUUUAAAUUCUACAUAAGUUCAACAAUGUUACAUUGUUCAACUAAUGACAAUUUACCACAUUUUACGUAGUUCAAGAUUUUUACACAAUAGAAUAUGACUUCAGCCUUACCAAGACAGUUGAUCUUCCGUACCCAUUCAGAAAGUGGUAUCGCUUUCUGAUUUAUAUCCACUGUUGUUUCUCUCCUUUUCCAUUUAAAUUUGUUUUUCAAUAAUUGUUAAAUCUUUGUCAGCAUUAACGCUUCACAUAGGCGCCAUUUGCAAUCAAGUCAGCAAAGAAAUAUGAAACACAUUUUAAAAGACCGAUUUAAAUUGGAAGAUUGAUAAAAUAUAGCCAAUGACAUCGCUCGUUUCAAAAAAUGCUAAGACAGAAUACAAGUGUAAUAUGCGGAGAGGUUUCGCAGGCCGCGGAUUUUUCGGGCUGCUUAUGAAAUACAUUCGCGGAUUCGGUCGUACUUUCACCCAUUUUUUCGAAUUUACUCGAACCGGACAACAUCCGCGGAAAAAUCACACCCCUGAAGAUAAGGUACCCUGUACAAGUGUAAUAAUUUCAUCCAGUCCACAUUGACAAACAAUAAUAUGGUGAACGAUGUUAUUGAAUUUCAAAAUUUGAUUUCCAAAUUAUCGCCAUGUAAUGUAAUUUUAUUGGCUCGGCUGUUUUCAGAGAAAACCCGAGGUAUUGUCAUAGCCAGCUCGUCGUUUUCGUGUUGUGUUGUCUGCCGGCGUCGUGCUAAAACCUUGACAUUUUGCUCUACAAUCAAAGUGCUUCCACCUACAACUUUGAAACUACAUAUGUAGAUGCACCUUGAUGAGAUCUACAUGCCACACCCAUUUUUGGGUCAAAGGUCAAGGUCACUGUGACCUCUUUAAAAAAAAAAAAAUUCUGACAAGCUUUCACAGCCGAGCAUGGCACCCGUUAUGCGGUGCUCUUGUUUAUAUUAUAUAUAUAUAUAUAAACGUAAACAUUUGCUUUUGCAUUAAAAACAUAUCAUUUUUUGAUUCACAUUCCAGUAUAAUUGGAGCUCAGUAUUUCUUCUAGUUAAAUACAAUGUUGUCUGUAUGUUUUCAACAGUGAUGCUGUGUUAAUUUAGUAAUAUUCAUGCUAUAUAUACUGAAUAUCAUUUUAUAUAUUUGAAUGUUGUUGAAGUAGAGGGGUAGAUUUUGUAUAUUUGAAGUUAUUAAUGUAACUAAUUUUCUUUCUUAAAAAAGGCUGUGUUGGUCAAGUGUCAAUAAUAAGAGUUGGUAUAGAGGAAUGUUUACAGUAUUGUAAAUGAACUAAAGUUUCCUUGUAGACUGCUAGCCUUUUAACUCCAAUAAUAUAGAUUUUGUUUUGCAGAGUGCUAUUUGUAUGUGAUUUUUUUGUUUGUCUCAUUUGAUUUUAGAUCUGAACUUAAAUGUGAAUAUCAUUUGGAAGAAUUCAUUUUUAUUUAAUACUAUUAUUAUAAUAUGAUAUUUUUAAUGACUGACAAAUUAUGUUGAAACACAAUUUUUUACUGAACAUAUUUUGUAAUAAAAUUAGGUAUUGCAUUUCAACAUAGUGAUUUCUUUUAAUUAAUAGCAUAAGUCCCAUAUAUAAGAAAAAAGUUCUGCUCAUGGCCAGGGCUCAAAAUUAACCUAAAAGCUAACUUGCCCGGCAGGGCAAGUACUUAGAAAUUUAAUCUACUUGCCCUGAACUUAAAGCCAUUUGCCCAAACAUGAAAUAUCACAUUAACUGUUAACCUCAUAUAUUUUCAUAAAGAUCGAAAUGAUCAACCACAAAACCUUUUUUAUUUUUGCACAUUUAACAAAAUGAUUACAGCAAUUAACAAAAUGAUUAUAGCAAUUAAAAGUCUAAUUAAAGUCUAAAUUAAAUGCUUUGUUCUUUCUUUUAUGCACUUGCCCGGGCGGACAACUAGAUUAUUACGUAACCUGCUCGGACCCAACUUUUACUUGCCAGGGGCAAUACGACAACCGUUAAUGUUGAGCCCUGCAUGGCUUAUAUGAACGUGACUACACAUAUUUUUAUGCCCCCCUUCAAAGAAGAGGGGGUAUAUUGCUUUGCUCAUGUCGGUCGGCCUGUCGGUCCGUCCACCAGGUGGUUGUCAGACGAUAACUCAAGAACGCUUGGGCCUAGAAUCAUGAAACUUCAUAGGCACAUUGAUCAUGACUCGCAGAUGACCCCUAUUGAUUUUGAGGUCACUAGGUCAAAGGUCAAGGUCACGGUGACCAGAAAUAGUAAAAUUGUUUUUGAAUGAUAACUCAAGAACGCAUACGCCUAGUUACAUUUAAUUUUUAUUUGUUUGCUCCCCAUAAAUAUAUAUGAGGAGCAUAACUAUAGUUGCCUUUUUGUACGUCCGUUCUUCCUUCCGUCACACUUUUGUUACAGUUUCUCAUAGUGCCUUCAAUAUUUUACCAAUCUCUUACAUAUUUGGCAUGUAGGUACCUUGCAUGGACCUCCACCUAUUGAUGAGGUUUUACGUCAUUGGGGUCAACGUCACCGAGGCUAAUAAAAGAUUUUCUGUUACACUUUUGUUACAGUUUCUCAUUGCGCCUUCAAUAUUGUACCGAUCUCUUACAUAUUUGGCUUGACGGUACCUUGCAUGGACCUCUACCUUUUUAUGAGGUUUGACAUUACUGGGGUCAAGGUCACUGAGGCUAAUAAUAGAUUUUCCAUCACUCUUUUGUUGCAGUUUCUCAUAGCGUCUUCAAUACCUUACCGAUCUCUUAAAUAUUUGGCAUGUAGGUACCUUGCAUGGACCUCUACCUUUUGAUGUGGUUUGAGGUCACUGGCGUCAAGGGUUACCUAGGCUUAUAGUAGAUUUUCUGUCACACUUUCACAUUUUCUCAUAGCGCCUUCAAUAUUUUACUGAUCUCUUACAUAUUUGGCAUGUAGGAACCUUGCAUGGACCUCUACCUUUUGAUGAGGUUUGAUGUAACUGGGGUCAAUGUCACCGAGGCUUAUAAUAGAUUUUCUCAAGGUCACACUUUUUUCCACACAUUUAACCCAUAUAUCGACAAAGCAUCAUUGGGGAGCAUCCAUUAGUGGUACUGAUAUACUUGUUUAUUAUGCCCCCCUUCGAUGAAGAGGGGGUAUAUUGCUUUGCUCAUGUCGGUCGGUCUGUCGGUCCGUCCACCUGGUGGUUGUCAGACGAUAACUCAAGAACGCUUGGGCCUAGGAUCAUGAAACUUCAUAGGUACAUUGAUCAUGACUCGCAGAUGACCCCUAUUGAUUUUGAGGUCACUAGGUCAAAGGUCAAGUUCACGGUGACCAGAAAUAGUAAAAUGGUUUUUGAAUGAUAACUCAAGAACGCAUACACCUAGGAUCAUGACACUUCAUGGGUAGAUUGAUCAUGACUUGCAGAUGACCCCUAUUGAUUUUGAGGUCACUAGGUCAAAGGUCAAGGUCACGGUGACCCGAAAUAGUAAAAUGGUUUCCGGAUGAUAACUCAAGAACACAUACGCCUAGGAUCAUGAAACUUCAUGGGUAGAUUGAUCAUGACUCGCAGAUGACCCCUAUUGAUUUUGAGGUCACUAGGUCAAAGGUCAAGGUCACGGUGACCCGAAAUAGUAAAAUGGUUUUCGGAUGAUAACAUCAAGAACGCAUACGCCUAGGAUCAUGAAACUUCAUAGGUAGAUUGAUCAUGACUUGCAGAUGACCCCUAUUGAUUUUGAAGUCAAAAGGUCAAAGGUCAAGGUCACGGUGACCCGAAAUAGUAAAAUGAUUUUCGGAUGAUAACUCAAGAACGCUUUUGCCUAGGAUCAUCACACUUCAUAGGUACAUUGAUCGUGACCCGCAGAUGACCCCUAUUGAUUUUCAGGUCAAAGGUCAAGGUCACAGUGACAAAAAUCGUAUUCAUACAAUGGCUGCCACUACAACGGACAGCCCAUAUGGGGGGCAUGCAUGUUUUACAAACAGCCCUUGUUUUAAAUAUUAAUUUGUCAAUCCAAAUAACUCAUGUCGUCAUUGUUUGUGAUAUUGAAGUUGUUAUUAAGAACUGCUUACUUAUUGUGGUGUUGCAUGUGGCUUUGAGUCCUAUGGCUCAUAGAUAUUGUCUAUUAACAUAGUGGUAUAUGUAUCCGUCCAUGUUAUGUCAGUGGUUUUACAAGGUAUUUUUACCAGUAAUAUUUCUUAAUAAAGAUUAAAAAUUUA